AUACUAUAUUAACUAUAGUUUAGUAGUAGUGAAACGAUAUCAUACAACAGAGCAGUAGACAAUUCAAUACUUUAGAAACAGAUAAUUUGCUGAGAUAUGACAGGAACUAAACCGGAAGGAGAAGGAGGAAAAGAAGAAGAUGGAGAAAGAGGAAAAGGAGGAAAAGGAGGGAAAGGAGGGAGAGGAGGAGAUGGAUUGAGACCCUGGAGGAAGAGGGCACUUCAGAUUAUUACAACAGACAUUUGGAGAAAGGACAGUGUUGAGGAAAUUAUUCCUUUGCCCCAGGUAGCCGGGCAUGGUUCUCACGAUGCUAAACAAGCAAUUCUAACUGGAAAGAAUGGUUGUAUUUUGAAACCAAUCCAGGCGCCUCCGAGGGGUGUAAGAGAAAAGAAUUUCUAUGAGGAGGUUUUUUCAAGCCAGGAUCCACAAAAAGUUGAAUUUCAAACUUUUCUCCCAAAAUACUACGGAUCUUGUAAAAAGAAGAAUAAAGAUGGAGAUCUAGCAGAGUUUCUUAUGAUAGAAAACCUCACUCAAGGGUUGACUAAGCCCUGUAUAAUGGAUGUAAAGAUCGGAGCCAAAACCUACGGACCAGACGCAAACCAAGAGAAAAUUGCUAAACAAGAUGCCAGCUAUAGCGGAACUAAGAAGCCGUUUGGAUUUAGUAUCCUGGGGAUGAGUAUUUACACGGGAUCUACCAGAGAUACUUUUACAAUAUUAAACAAGGAUUAUGGAAAAGGAUUAAAUGAGUCAAAUAUCGAGGAUUUUAUGGUAAAUUAUUUAGACUCUAUGAGUAACGAGACAGCUGCGAAGACGCUAGGACGGAUUCUGGUUGAGAAGCUUAACCCAAUCCUUGAUCUCUUCAGUAAACAAACCGUAUACCAUAUGUACGGGAGUAGCUUGUUGUUUGUUUAUGAUGCUCAUGUACUGGAAAAGUACACAGAGGGAACUGUACAAUUGGAUAAGUUGUCUACGGCUGUUCGUGUGACAAUGAUUGAUUUUGCCCAUGUAUGGGACGGGGCCGGUCAUCUGGAUGAAAACUACCUAAAGGGUAUUCAAAACCUGGUACAAGUCUUUGACAAGUUCAGUACAUAACCUUACAUUUCUUCAACAAGUUUAGUACAUAACCUGUACAUGUCUUUGACAAGUUCAGCACAACACCUCUACAUUUUUUCAAAAUGUUCAGUACAUAACCUGCACAUGUUUUUAACAAGUUCAGUACAUAACCUGUACAUGUCUUCAACAAGUUUAGUACAUAGCCUAUACAUUUCUUCAAAAAGUUCUGUACAUAACCUGUACAUGUCUUUAACAAGUUUAGUACUUAACCUGUAAAUGUUUUCAACAAGUUCAGUACACAUGUACAUGUCUUAAACAAGUUCAGUACUUGACAUGUGCUUGUUGAAGACAUGUACAUGUGUACAUGUCUUCAA